UUGAUGGAUUAAUUCAGAGCGCGCCUUUAACCCGCAGGAGAGAACCUCAUCGGUCAGGUGCUAAACGUACUUUAAGCUACGAAUUUCCUGCUAAAAAAAAUCCAGAGAAAGAGAGGUAAACAGAAUCAGCGAUCGCUUCAACAUACAUAGAUCAUCAUCUCUAAUCGGAUCCUUGUUGCGUUUCAAAACCCUAACUCUCAAGAGGAGAAAUAGAAUAUAAUAACUGAUGGAAGGAAAUGGGGGUGAUGCUGCCAAUGUGGUGGCACCUCUUGCGAAGUGGAGAAAUGAUUUCUCUCGGGCAUUCCAGUUCUAUCUGGACCGAUCCACACCUCACCCGACAGAGAGGUGGCUGGGAACUCUUGCGGUUGCAGCAGUUUAUGUGUUGCGUGCUUACUUUGUUCAAGGGUUUUACAUCAUCUCGUAUGGUCUUGGAAUUUAUAUCUUGAAUUUGUUGAUUGGGUUUCUGUCACCCAAGGUUGAUCCUGAACUUGAAGUUUCGGAUGACGCUUCUUUGCCAACUAAAGGAUCAGAUGAGUUCAAGCCCUUUAUCCGGCGCCUUCCUGAGUUUAAGUUCUGGUACGCCAUCACCAAGGCUUUUUGUGUGGCCUUCCUUAUGACCUUCUUCUCUGUAUUUGAUGUCCCUGUUUUCUGGCCCAUAUUACUCUGCUAUUGGAUUGUUCUGUUUGUCCUCACAAUGAAGCGCCAAAUCAUGCACAUGAUCAAGUACAAAUAUGUUCCAUUCAGCAGAGGAAAGCAGAGGUAUGGCAGGAAGAAGUCUGGUGCAAGCAGCAGUGGCUUGAUGAGGGACUAAGCUAUGACAUGUCCUGCAGCCUUCCAAAUUUCGUGCCUUUUUAGUUUUAAGAAGGUUUGCCUGUCAAUUUCAAAUACAUAAGCCAAACUAAAACAUAGGUGUUGAAAAUUUCAUUUUGUCUUAUAUUUUAGUUGUAGCAGCCAGUAGCAUGCAUUGGAUUCACACGUUUUCUACGUUUACUGGAGAUGUACUUUCAUACUUCAGAAUCCUUCUACUGGUAUUCUAAUUUUGUAAUGAAUAAAAUUGAGCAGAUUAUGAGCCA